AGGCGGAGGAGCCGGCUUCCAGCGCACGUGCUUCAGCAGAGCCGAGGCGGUGGAGCUGGACGACCUGUGUAACCUGAGCUGCUCCUCCUCCUGGUCCAUAGCGUCCAGCAAUGAUAAGGAAGCAGAAUGUGGGGGGACAGGAAGGGGCCGACCGCGGACGCUGCUCCGGAGGGUGAAAUCCCUCAGGGGGAAGGGGAGGGUAGGGAAGUCCAAGCGGCUUAUGGGCCUGCGACGGUUCCUAAGCCGCAGUGAGGAAAACAUCGCCGCCUCCAAAGCGGAAAAGCAGGAUGGCAAAAGCCGCAGCCUGGAACGCAGCCUGGUCUUCAAAGAGCCCGCUGAGGUCCUGGCCCCCAAGAAAGCCCACCACUCGUCCGGCUGUCAGCCCCUGAAGAGUAUCCUGAAGCAGCCCGGAGCCCUGCGCUCUCCGGCAGCCCUGCCCUCAUCCCUGGCAGGAUCCCCCUCUUCAGACCACAAGACCCUGCAGGAGAAAGCGGACUUCUCCAGGUUCCUGGAUGAGAUCACCUCCAGGGUGCUGAGCCCCACCAGUCUACAGACGGCCCAGAGAAGAAGGGCUGACAGUGACGGCGCAGACCCCCAUGUCAGAACACCUGUCAGCGGCAGUGAGGGGCAUGGGAGAAGGACGAGGCAUCGGAGGGCAGUGUCUCCAGGUUACCCCAGGGGCAGGUCAGCGGACAGGAGGCAUGAGCUCCCCUCAGCCUCACACAGUAAGGAGUGCUGUCAUACUCCAUUGGAGCAGGGCCACCGGGACACGGAGUCCCCCUCUUCUGCUUCCCACUGGAGUUCUGAGGGCAGAAGCCCCUCACCCAGGACAUCACCUUCUCCUAGCGCUGCCCGCAGCAAGGUUAGUGCCCCCUCCUCCUGCAGCCUUCAGUCCUCUAGUCCCCCCGUUGUCUGCAGCUCUUCCCGCUGGUUCCUUUGUCUUCAUACUGAUUGUCACCCCUGUCACUGCUGAGUUGCCUUCCACAGUGGACCAUCACCCAGCUUUCCCAGGCCCCUGCAUGAAGAGGCCGCCCUGGAGAUGUUUGGGCUACGGCCAUGACUGUUCUCACCCAGCUUUCCCAGGUAUGGAUACUACAAAGAAUAGCUGACGGCAGUAUUCCAUGGUGGUCUUUCCCGACGUGGUGUUUCACUGGUUGUAUCUGAUUCUGGGAAAGCUGUGUGACAACUAUAAUGGCACCCGGCUUUCCCAGACUCCUGAUUGGAUAUUCUGCUGCUUACGUGGGAUGUGCAGAUUUCUGGAGAGUGGUACUGAAGAAUAUGGGCAGUGGUGGUUCGGGCGCCCCUCCAGGGCUGUCACCUCGUGCCAUACAUUGAUGCCUGAUCCUCUGCUGCCAGUCACUGAUCUGUCUUCUCUCUGUUCACAGGACCCUGUGACUGAAACCGACAGAAUUCACUUUCUGCAACAUCAGAAUGACGAGCUGCGCAGGCGCCUGGCAUACGCCACUACCAAGAUGGAGGCCAUGGAGCAUGAGGUGGACGCCAGUCGGCAUUAUUUGGAGGUGGAACUAAGUCGCAAUCGGGAGGAGCUGGAGAAACUUAAGGACAAGUUCCGCAGGUUACAGAACAGCUACACAGCCUCUCAGAGGACUAACCAGGACCUGGAGGAGAAGUUACACACCCUGAUUAAGAAGGCCGAGAUGGACCGAAAGACGAUGGACUGGGAGAUUGUGGAACUGACGAAUAAACUGCUGGACGCCAAAACGACCAUCAACAAGCUGGAGGAGCUGAACGAACGCUACAGACAGGACUGUAACCUCGCCGUGCAGCUGCUCAAAUGCAACAAGUCUCACUUCAGGAACCACAAGUUUGCAGAUUUACCAUACAAGCUUCAGGACAUGGUCAGUAAGCAUCUCCAGAGCUCGGCCUCUUCUCCCGGCUCCGGUCAGGACACCCCCCCUCCUGGUCUGUCGUAUUCGGAUGUGGUGCCCACCUCCAUCAUUGCUCGUGUUCUGGAGAAGCCAGAAUCCCUUAUUCUUAACUCUGCGAUGUCCAGCAGCGGCAGUGGCCCCACAGCAGAGGAUGUCUUUGUGCACGUAGACAUGAGUGGGUCUGGUCAGCAACAGAAUGGUGUCCUCCAGAAGCAAGGCAGUGUAGACAGCGCCACCGAAGAUCCACCAACCUUUGAAAAACUCAGUCCUUACCCAACUCCUCCACCUCCGCACCCUCUGUACCCAGGACGCAAGGUUAUCGAGUUCUCUGAUGAGAAGGUGCGGAUCCCCAAAAACAGUCCACUGCCCAACUGCACCUAUGCCACGAGGCAAGCCAUCUCCCUCAGCUUGGUGCAGGGUGAGGAGGGCAGCCCUGACAGGCACCGCACUGUCCCAAAUAGCCCAGCAUCAUCAGGCGGCUACCCCCAGCGGGCACGAAGUGCUGACAAUCCUGCCCGAUCUCCAUUAAGUAGUGCAGCCCCCAGCUCUGCCAGCUCAGAGGAGGACAUGCUGGCUAACUGGCAGAGGAUGUUUGUUGAUAAGGCGGCACCCAGUUCUGAGGGGUCUUUGGCCCAUCGCACGUCCUUCUGUCGGGACACGGCCCUGGAGCUGCAGCAGAGGUUCAGCCGCUCCAUGCAGGAACUGAGCCGCGCGGCGCAGGCUUUCUCUGAGCAGGAAACGUCUGGGAACAGCUGGAUGAGCAGCCGGGAGUCCAGCUCUGAGAAGGAGAACAGCGGCGCAAAGAGGGGGCAACUCCCCAAUGAGUACGGCAGAGAAUUCUCCAAGGAAGAGGCCCAGGACCUUCUGUCUGGAGCUGCGGACGAGGAGGACGACCUGCUGGAGCCACCUCUGCCCGAAGACAUUGAGGAGGAGCAGGAACUGGAAGAUCAGAUUCUUGAGCCUCAUGUGGAGCAGGAAGGCACAGAGAUGUUCAAGGAGAAACCUCCCAGUGGCCGCCCGCACCGAAGCCCCAAGCGAAUGGGAGUGCACCAUCUGCACCGGAAGGACAGCCUGACCCGGGCACAGGAACAGGGCAACUUGCUGAACUAGCCUGGGAAGUCUAGGGGCUGCGGCCAUUACCUUACAGUAUAUGCAGAUACCCAGGCCCAGCCAUGACGGUUGUGCACUACAGGAGGUGGGUUACCCAGCGCAGAGUGAGAUGGGUAAAGCUGUUGCACAUGAAUGGCAGGCGGGAGUCAGGGGGAUGGGUGCGGAGAGGGUGGUCACAUUUUGGGGUCGUCCCUCUUCUCGGCCAUGUCUUGGUUGGAGCUGACGGCGCUGGGUAACCCACCUCUGCCGGAUUUCCAGAGCUCUGGUGCUGGCGUUUGAUCGUUCUCUGGUGUUCGUUGACUAUUUCCAGCUUGUCCGCUCUGUACCCCUCCCCCACUUGUGGUCUGUGUGAUCCGUUUUCCUCCCGUCUGUGUGGUGGUACAGUCCUGUGUCUCGCUCAGGGCGUGGCCUCACAUGGUGGCACCCCCGUCUUGUCUCUGUGCUCAUGUCAGACUCGUCAUCCAUCGGUCACGUCUGUAUAUAGACGCACAUAUAUAUAUAUUUUUGUAUCUGGCGGCACAGUAUUCCUCCUUCCUGCGUGUCUGGCGCCUCCCGUCCUCCGGAUCUCAGACUGUUAAACCCGCGUAGAUUUAUUUUCUGACAUUUUUCAAAGCUGAUGUCUAUUUUCCAAUGAGAAUAAACUAUUUUAAAUGAA